AGUUACCCGUUACUGGCGAGCUUAGUCAGACGCGGAUUUUUGCAUUCACGGUCGAAAGUUUGGAUUGUUCUGUACGUGCAAUUUUUCACUCAACCCGGGUUGUGACUAAUCGUAGAUAAUAUUUUUCACAAUUGAUUCCAAUGGAUAGCGCUGGAGGGUACAAGAAGGAAGGAAACCUGGGCGGUGCGCGCCAUGGAGACGCCUACCAAGUGCACGUACUGAUGCUGCUCUACGAGAGGGCAAUCUCCGAUCGGUAUGGAAGAUAUGGUGACUUUCGACUGGCUACGGAAAUGAAAGCCGCUGGAAAGUUCGACGAUGCAGUUCUAUCGUGGCAGAACGAGAAUAGCUCGUGGAAUUGGUUGUUCGUUCAAGUGAAACAUAGAUUAAUGCCGGUGCAACUCGAUGGAAAACAUCUAUUCCCGGACGCGGAGAGUGAUAAGUGUAAGGGUGACUUUUCAUUGCAUAAAUAUCUGGAAUCAUUUUGGGAAAUCAUGCACCUCGACGAUUUCGUCGGAAACAAGCAGUUUGUAAUAUAUACGAAUUGUGGUUUGGCACAGUGCAUACAGGACUGGUUCACAGAUGCAGAAAAUGAGAUUGAGUGCAUCUUGAAACUGGGACUGAAUGGCGAACGGUUCAUGAAGCUGAUACCACAGGAUGAACACUGUGAGAAACUGCUCGAGCAUGGAAACAGCGAUUUCAAAGGAUUGACGGAAAUUAUUCGAUCAGUUCUCAUCGAGCGUAAAGAAGGGAUGAACUUGGAUUUAGUGAAAAAGUACCGUGGUGCAAUAGCAAACCAGAUAUUGGUCACCGAAAAGGGUUGGGUAAGAUUUUCUCCUCGGUUCAUUAAGAAUAAGAACAAACUGAGCCAUGCCGAACGCGUUUUUCGCGGCAAGCUUUUUCAGGAAGAAGCCACAUUGGAACAGCUAGAGUCGUACUGUGCACCGAAUGAAGAACUGUUGACGAUUCUUGACUCGAAAGGAAAGUCUGUCAAUACGUUGCCUCCAUCGAUAGACGAAGUAGAAGUGAAAGAAUUUCUCAGUUCGUUGAUAUUUGCAAUCAAUCAACCGGAUAACGUUGGUUUAAAAAAGGCAAUCAUAAAUGAUCUAAAAUUGCGGCAGACUUCUCCGGUACACGGACCGAGCUCUGACAACACUUACGCCUUGCUUGCUUAUAGUACGAUGCAACACCGAGUUCACGUUUGUCUAGAUUCCACUACAGUCCCAUGCAUGUCGCUACGCAGACAUGAUCUGGAAAAUGAGUUCCAAACUUUUCAACGCACCAUAUCCAGUUCAAGGCUUAGCGUUCCAACCGAUCUUUUUCGUGGAGAAAUGCACAGUUUUCGGGUGGAUUUCGUAGAUCCGGUGCUCCCCUUUCCCGAGGCAUACCCUGUAGCCAUUGUCACCAGCACUCGGAACGGUCUACUAAACAGUCUCAAAGUGUUCCAGGCAUUGCAAGCACACAAUUUCCAUUACUUUUCCCUAAAGGAUCUUCAGAAUAAUUCCAUUCGGACGGAGCUGUGCGAAGCUCUACGGGAAUCGAAGAGCAGCUUUUAUUUACUGCUCAAGGCUGACUGUUUCAAGUUGGAGUUUGCGUCGGAGAUACUUGAUGCAAUGGUCUCGGGAAACUCGAUCAAACUCAUUUUACUCACGGACUGCGAUGAAUCAGCUUCUAAGUUUUUCAACGAGCACUCUUACACCCUUGUCGAAGAGGAGGAUAUCACAUUGGAUGAACUGACCGUGUCCAGUCAGCAGAUAUUGAGGAACAAGACGGUACUCUUUCAAGGAUUCGAGAUGAAAUUGAGCGAUUUGGCCGAUGAUGCGGUUCUAGGAAAGGUCAUCAAAAACGAUACACUCGAGAAACUACUGCAAGACGAGAUUGUUACGAUCGGACCGACACUGCCGGAGCUUGGAAUCAAACAUUACAUCCCGAGGAUCAUAACACGUUCGGAUACUGAUGAUUUGGCUAACGAAGCAGAGAACCUACAACCAACUCUCAACGAUACUACGCUAGGCGAUGGCACUGACGAAAAUGGUAGCUACAACGAAGAGCAAUUUCUUUAUAACUUACCGACUACUCCGGACAAACGCAGGGUGGUUGUUCUCUCUUCGACCCCUGGAAUGGGGAAAACUACUCUGUGGAUGAAACUAGCUAAUUUGGCAAAGUCCCGUUUCAAAACGAAAUGGGUUUUCUAUAUCAACCUGCAAGACUGUGAGACGGACUUGCGCGCUAGCAGGAAACCGAAUGUGACAGACUUUCUUGGAAAUCAUUUCAGACUCCCGCAGCUGGAUAGGUCACUGCUGCAGUAUCAUCACGGAAUGCCCAACAACAUCUACGUUUUCUUCGACGGGUUCGAUGAACUACCAUUUGCAUCCACGGGACCUACAAUCGUCUUGAUGCGCAUGCUGCAGAAUUUCACGCAAGUAUUUGUGAACACCCGUACCCGACUUCAGGUGGAACUAGAAGGAGCUUUCAAGGUGGAUGCAUUCUUCUUGAGGCCCAUCAGCAAAUCCGAACAGACGGUUCUCUUCAAAAGCUUUUGCGACUUCCUCGAUGAAGACGCUAUGAGAGCUCGUCCACUGUCCCAAUUUGUCGAUCGGCUAAUGGACAGGAUUCACAGCAAGUCGAUGAAGAUUGCAAGCAAAUUCGUGGGCGUUCCAUUGAUGGUCGAAAUGUUGGCUGAGAUCUACAAACCAUACACGAAACAAUACCAGAAAACCAAGGAUCCUCAAGUUCUUGGUCAGAUCGAUCUGGAAGCAUUGGAUAUCAUGGAGCUUUUUGAGAAAUUCGUGUACAGCUCCUUCCAGCGACAAAACAUCGUUAAGCAGAAUCUUUCGAUUGUCAAUCAUUACACUCAGCUCAUGCUGAAUCAGAGCAACUUUCUCUACAGAGGCUUCAUCAAACUGCACAGCUUUCUGGGUCUGAUGAGCUUGGUUAAGGGCAACAAGAUGCAUCUGAUCGUUCCUGACGAGCAAGAGCUCCAGGUAAUGCAGGAACAGAUUCCGCUUUUAGAUUCACCAAUUGUCAGUCGUGUGCCGCAUUUUAUCCACGGGUCGAUUGCUGAAUUCUUCGCAGCAAAGUGUUUGUUCCAGUAUCUUAGACGAAUGAACCAUGAACAGAUCAAGAAUAAUUUCGUGAAGAAUGCCAGGAAAAGGGUUCCUCGGAAGAAGCACAAUCUGAAGAACAUGUUUGAUCUGUACUACCAGGUCUUGCGGGACUACCCGACUGUUCGGAAGUUCUUUUUCAUCAUCGCACGCCAGCACGAGGAAUGCUUGGGCAAGUUGGAAAUGCUGCUGUGGUCCAUGCGACCUUAUCCACUUCUGUGGGCUUGCGAAGAAAACUUUGAAGAAUUGGUCAAACGUUUGAUUCAGGAAGAUCCAACGGUCAUCAAUAAUACUACAGUACACCGGGAAACUCCUCUGCAUUUUGCAGCAACACAAGAUCACGGGCAGAUAUGUGCCCUUCUGAUCAACAACAAUCUAUCCGUAGAUGCUCAGAAUGUCCACAAGCAAACAGCUCUACACAAAGCCGCUGCCAAUGGAUGCUACGAGGUGGUGAGUCUAUUGAUUGCCCGAGGAGCAACCGUCGAUGCUAUUGAUCAUCACCAGCAGACACCAGUGUUUUUGGCAGCUCAGGCCGGUUAUGUCCACGUGGUUCGAUUGCUCAUAAACAGAGGAUGCGACCUGAAUAUACUGAGUGCACGUGGUUGGAAUGCCUUACAUAUUGCAUCGUUCAACAACCACAUUGAUGUCGUACGAACGCUGCUAACCAGGAAGAUACAAAUGAAGACCGGUGGAGCGAAAAAAUGGCUCAUGUUUCUUGGGCAUCUAGUGUCGCGUAAAUUUCGUGAUCUAGUAAUGCUGCUGGUGAGCUACGAAGCAAAAGCCUACAAGUCAGACGCGAAUCAGACACUGAUUUGGGCCAUCAAACGCAGCCACUUAGAUAUUGUCCAGGCGAUGCACCAAGCAGGGACCUCAAUCUGCGAGAUAGACGAACGGUCGGGACUCUGCACCUACCAGCUUGCUUUGAAUCAUGGCUCCUACGGGAUAGCCGAAUUCAUUCUUGCCGUUCAGAAAAAUCUUGACACUCUCGAGUUUCCGCUCCAUGCAGCCGCUAAAGCCGGCAGCACUGGUUGCAUAUCAAUUCUCCUGGAAAAAAAUGCAGAAGUGAAUGCUAAAGAUCCACAGGGCCAGUCACCGCUGGAUUUGGCCCUGAAAGAAUGCCAUGUGGGUGCAGUUUAUUUGCUGCUUGAUAAGCGUGCAGAAAUAAGCAAAACGAUGCUGCAUGCCACAAUCAGAGCCAACAAGGCAACUUCAGCCAUGUGCGUCCAAACUCUUCUUCUUUUUGGCGCGGAUGUUACUGCGGUAGAUGAGCGCCUCGGCCGAACACCACUACACGAGGCAGUACUGCAGAGCAGUUACCAAUGUGCCUUAUUGCUACUAAGAGGCGGAGCAUCUAUCAAUGCUGUAGAUAAAUAUAAUCGAACUCCACUGCAAUAUUCAACGAGCUGCAGCGUUUGUCCUGAAAAGCAACAGGCAUCACUGUUCAAUGGAAGGAUCUUAGUUAAAUGGUAGCGUUAUGUGACCAUCUAGAGACAACUGUAUCGUAACAAUCUUUCCUACAAUUAACGAAAUGUCCAAAAUGAUGGUUUUUA